CAGGACAACCUCGGCGAGUCCACCCCCCCCCGCCCCCCACCUCCAAAACUGUCACACGUGUACUGUCGCUUCAGUUAAAGCUGGCUCUUGAGCCGCUCCGACUCCUGUUUGUUUCAUUAGCUCCUCGGUUCCUUCCCGGUGGAAGGGAGGUGAUUCUCUCCGCCGCCAUUUUUGGGGAACUGCUUAUUCGUAAAGAAACUUUGCUAGCUGCUGCCUAACGUUAGCAGCUAGCUGGUUGGCCAGUACCCUGCCUGCCUUCCCUGCAGCUCGUUGUGACAGUUUAAGCUUGGCAGUCAGUCGUUAUCCAGCUCAGCUCUUUGCUUCGCUUUCAUAUAAAUAUUUAUUAUUUUCACUUGCUGACGAAAAUCGGUUAGUGCUAAGGAGAAUAAUCGGGCUGGGCAGAAUGACCGUCUGUAUUUGGGUAGGGCAAUUAUGCGGUUAGAUUAGCGAAUUAGCAUUGCUAACUUAUCGGCUAGCGAAUUCCGCACUCUGAUUUGCCCGGAUUGCUUUGCCUGCCCGUGAUUUAGCCACAGACACCUUGCCCUGCUCUGUUCCCGAGUAACCGGAUUAAGCAGCCGUUCAUACCCCCACUUCAUCUCAACCUGUGUGGAUUCAUUUUUUUUUUCCUUGACAAGGCGCCCAUGUACUGGUUCCUUAGGGUCAUCGAUUGCCACAGAUGAAUCUUCAGCUGCUUUGCCAUAGCUCAGCAGCCAGAUAGUCCCAUCGCCUUUGCGUGGGUGAUAAGGGACUACAUUAACCAGGAUGCCCUCCUCCGUAAGGGCAGGGAGCCUCAAGGAUCCGGAGGUGGCUGAGCUUUUCUUCAAAGAAGAUCCAGAGAAGCUUUUCUCCGACCUCCGAGAGAUUGGCCAUGGCAGCUUUGGCGCCGUCUACUUUGCUCGGGAUGUGCGCACAAACGAGGUGGUGGCAAUUAAAAAGAUGUCCUACAGUGGCAAACAGUCUAAUGAGAAAUGGCAGGACAUCAUAAAGGAGGUGAAGUUCCUCCAAAGGAUCCGGCACCCCAACAGUAUAGAAUAUAAAGGAUGUUACCUCCGCGAGCACACAGCAUGGCUGGUGAUGGAGUACUGUCUUGGCUCGGCCUCUGACCUGCUAGAAGUUCAUAAAAAACCUUUACAAGAAGUUGAGAUUGCUGCCAUCACACAUGGUGCUCUGCAGGGGCUGGCCUACCUUCAUUCCCAUAAUAUGAUCCACAGGGAUGUGAAAGCUGGCAACAUCCUGCUGACUGAGCCUGGCCAAGUCAAACUGGCAGAUUUUGGCUCUGCCUCCAUUGCCUCACCUGCCAACUCUUUUGUGGGAACGCCAUAUUGGAUGGCCCCAGAGGUGAUUCUAGCUAUGGAUGAAGGCCAGUAUGAUGGAAAGGUGGACGUCUGGUCCUUAGGGAUUACCUGUAUAGAAUUAGCGGAGAGGAAGCCUCCCUUGUUUAACAUGAAUGCAAUGAGUGCCUUAUACCACAUAGCGCAGAAUGAGAGCCCCACACUGCAGUCCAGUGAAUGGUCAGAAGAUUUUAGAAACUUUAUCGAUUCUUGCCUUCAGAAAAUCCCCCAGGACCGACCGCACUCUGACGACAUGUUAGGUCACGAGUUUCUGCAACGUGAGCGUCCAGACUCUGUGCUGAUGGACCUCAUUCAGAGAACCAAGGAUGCCGUACGAGAGCUGGAUAACCUGCAGUACCGAAAGAUGAAGAAGAUCCUCCUUCAGGAGGCCCACAAUGGGCCCACUUCAGAAGCCCAGGAUGGAGACGAGGACCUGGAGCCUGGUGGAGGUCGGACAGGAACGGUGAACAGCGUUGGCAGUAAUCAGUCCAUCCCCAGCAUGUCUAUCAGCGCUAGCUCCCAGAGCAGCUCUGUCAACAGCCUGAAUGAAGCAGCUCAGGACAGCCGCAGUGAGCUGGACCUAAUGGAAGGAGAUCACACAGUCAUGUCCAACAGCUCCGUCAUACACCUCAAACCGGAGGAAGAAGAGAGUCUCUCUUUGGAACAAGCAGCCACCAGUGAGCCCACUGAGCCCCAGCCAACACCAGCUCAGGCCCCGAGGAAGCACUACCGCAACAGAGAGCACUUUGCCACUAUACGCACAGCAUCACUUGUGACACGUGAGAUGCAAGAACACGAGCAGGACUCGGAGCUGAGGGAGCAGAUGUCAGGAUACAAACGCAUGAGGCGGCAACAUCAGAAGCACCUAAUGGCCCUGGAGAACAAGCUGAAAGGGGAAAUGGAUGAGCACAGGCUGAGGCUGGACAAAGAGCUGGAGAGUCAGAGGAACAACUUCACCCAGGAGAUGGAGAAGCUGCUUAAAAAACACCAAGCGGCCCUGGAAAAAGACCUGAAGACGUUUGCCAACGAUGAGAAGAAGUUCCAGCAGCACAUUCAGGUUCAGCAGAAGAAGGAGCUCAGCAGCUUCUUGGAGUCACAAAAGCGGGAGUAUAAACUACGCAAAGAGCAGCUCAAAGAGGAGCUGAGUGAGAACCAGUCAACUCCCAAGAAAGAGAAGCAGGAGUGGCUCUCCAAGCAGAAAGAGAACAUCCAACACUUCCAGGCUGAGGAGGAGGCUAACCUGCUGAGGAGACAGAGGCAGUAUCUGGAGCUGGAGUGUAGGCGGUUCAAACGCAGGAUCCUCAUCGCCAGACACAAUGUGGAGCAGGACCUGGCCAGAGAGGAGUUGAACAAACGUCAAACGCAGAAGGAUCUGGAGCAUGCGAUGCUGCUGAGGCAUCACGAGUCCAUGCAGGAGCUGGAGUUCAGGCAUCUGGCAACAAUCCAGAAAGCCCGGGCAGAGCUGAUACGCACCCAGCACCAGACAGAGCUCACAAACCAGCUGGAGUACAAUAAGAGGAGGGAGAGGGAGCUGAGGCGCAAGCAUGUCAUGGAGGUCCGGCAGCAGCCCAAAAGCCUCAAGUCUAAGGAGCUUCAGAUUAAGAAGCAGUUUCAGGAGACCUGCAAAACGCAGACUCGGCAGUAUAAGGCCCUCAGGAACCAUCUGCUCGAGACCACACCCAAGUCCGACCACAAGGCUGUCCUAAAGAGGCUGAAGGAGGAGCAGACUAGGAAGCUGGCCAUCCUCGCCGAGCAGUAUGAUCACUCCAUCAAUGAAAUGCUCUCCACACAGGCUCUGCGGUUGGAUGAAGCUCAGGAGGGGGAGUGUCAGGUGCUGAGGAUGCAGCUGCAGCAGGAGCUUGAGCUGCUCAAUGCAUACCAGAGCAAAAUCAAGAUGCAGACAGACGCACAGCACGACAAGGAGAGAAGGGAGCUGGAGCAGAGGGUGUCUCUGCGGCGGGCUCUGCUGGAGCAGAAAAUCGAGGAGGAGAUGCUUUCCCUGCAAAACGAGCGUCUGGAGCGAAUCCGCUCACUGCUGGAGCGCCAGGCCCGAGAGAUCGAGGCUUUUGACUCGGAGUCCAUGCGACUGGGCUUCAGCAACAUGGUGCUCACUAACCUGGCUCCCGAUUCUCAGGGAGGCUGGGGUGGAGGAGGAGGAGGAGGAGGAGGCCAGGGGGCUCAGGGGGGGGCCACUGGCCGGGAGGAGGUGGAGGAGGCAGUCACCAUAGUCAUCACCAGGGGGGCUCCAGCUCACAGCAGUCCUGGGGUCACCCUAUGCUGGCUGGGGGCCCACCACCCUGGAGCCUCCACCACCCUGGUGGGGGCAGUCAGAGGGGUAGCCAAGGAGGUGCGGGAGGGGUGAGGAACAGCCCACAGGCUAUGAGGAGGACGUCAUCAGGGGGGAGGAGUGAACAGGGCAUGAGCAGGAGCGCCAGCAUCACCUCUCAGAUCUCCAAUGGAUCCCACCUGUCAUACACCUAAAAUACA